AUGGAUACUACUGUCGGUCUCGAAGAAUCGCCUGAAUGCUCAAGAUGUAUAAGUAAAGCCAUUGAGUGCCGCUAUCCUGCAAAUACACCUAAAGCUACAGAGCUAAGAGUUGAAAAUCAUGAUAAUGCACCGAUUGAACGAGAGGAUGCAGUGAUUCACAUGACAGCAGGUAAUCCUAGCGUCGACAACCUUCAGAAUUCAAGUGAAGAUUGCAACAUGAUCCAAGACGGGACACUUGUCACCCCAGACCUAGACUUCGCAAACCUUGGAGAAGAAUACCUCGACGGAAACGAGCCUGGCAUUGAUUUCUCUGAUUUCAUCAACCCUCAGACGCAUGAUCCAGACCUCGCACUAGAAACAUUAUCCUCGGUCCACUAUUCCACACCUUCCACCACUCAAACAACCCAACAACUCCAAGACCUCUUCUCGACAACUUCAUCAAUACCGCGAGCACCAAGCACCAUCAUCCGCUUACUUUUGCAUCGACCAAAAAUGCAGACCGGAGCUCAAAGAAUCGCCAAUCUCAUCCUUCACAACCUAAAAUCUUAUCCACUGAUGAUGCUGCGCUACAACACUCUUCCGCCGUUUAUCCAUGCCAGUCUGGUAUCAUCCGACGUCGAAGAUAUAAACAUGGAACCGUUGAGUAAUUGCAUUAGUAUGGUGCAUAUGAUCAGUAGUGGGGUCAGAGGGAGUCGUAUGUUGUUCUGGAAUAACGUGAGAAUGGAAUGUGAACGAUUUUCUAGCGAAUACUUGAGAAUGAAUAAAUGGCAAGUCCUUGCCGCUAUGCAAGCUCUCUCUAUUUAUGUUCUUAUCCGCUUGGAUGAGGGCGAGACCGACAACAAUAACUUUGAUUUUCUGUUGAUAACGACCGUGAUCGUGAUAGCCCAACAGUUCGGUCGCACCGACGCAACUUGCCACAUGCAGUGCGUGGGAUGUGACAAUGGACUAGAAAGCAGUUGGAGAGAGUGGAUUUUCAAGGAGUCAAGGCGAAGAAUGGCCGUGGUAUAUCGAGUGGUAAACAUGCUCAUCUAUUUCGAGCCAGCAGCCAUGUGUGACAUGCCGACAGAUCUGAUCCUCGCACCGCUGCCAGCGAAGAAGCAGUUGUGGGAAGCAAGUGAUGAGUUUGCGUGGAAGGUAGAAAGCCAGAGAGAACCUGGGAUUCAGACGUCUUUUGGAUUGGCGGCGGACGGUGAGCUUGUCAAGCUGGGUGAUGACCGACUUUCUUGCAGUGAUGCGUGGGUGUCCAACCAAACCUUGGAUGCUAGGGCGUCGUCUAGGAAUGUUGGGAGGUGGGAAGAGUGGUGCGCUGGGAUAGACGGGUUUGGCGGGCUUGUUAUGCUCGCUGCUUCGUUGAUUGUGUAG